AUGGAUCGCAUUCGUUGGAGUGACACAGCAAUUUCAUUUCGAAGUCUUGUAAACAAUCCAGCUAUACCAAAGCCUGCACUUGUCCGCAUUGGUAAUAAAGCUAUUGUAGUUGGAGAAAAAAUCAAUGGAGAAUUUAUUAUGGCAUCACCCUGUAGAGUAUCUGGUGAUCGAUUUGAUGUUAUGGAACAAGAAAUUGUCUUAUCAAGCAAACAUACAGGUGUAUGGAGAGUAAUAUCAAAAGCAACUUCCAGAAAAGAAGGUCAUAUUCAUCGUUUAACUACGAAGGACCUUGAAAGAAUUCACAAACAAGAUAUUCUUAAUGAACGUGUUACUCCUCGCUCAUAUAUUUGCAUACGAGAUAUUGAAGCAUUUGAAUUGAUCGUUCAUAGUAACGAUGUAACGGUUUUUAAUGGCAAUCGAGUAGAUCGACAUAUGAAACAAAUUGAAGAGAAUGUUGAAUUUGAAAUAUAUGAUACCGGUGAAGUUGAAUAUACACCAUCCGAAGGUGAACGUACAUCACAAGAUUAUGUAAUGGUACCAAAAGCUAAACAAGCAACACUUUUACAACUUCUUUUACCCGGUGUUAUGGCACAAGAACAAGUCAUACGUAAUCGUGUUGUACGCGCACUUCAUUGUAAAACAAAAGGUGAAACACAUAAACGUCAUUUUCUUCUUGAAGUUAAUGAACAACCCUGUGAAAUACGUCCAAUUGCAUCAGAUGGAUCAACUGAAUUACGUUAUCUUCAUUCAACACAAAAUCUAUAUGAUUAUAUGUCAAGUUAUGGAAAUGAUGCAGUUUUAUAUGUUAAAUUACUUCGAGGUGAUCCACCAAUGAAAGCAAUUGAAUUCGAUGGUUAUAUGGUUUUAAAAACUACAUUAAAUGGUGAUAAAAUUCCAAUAUGUCGUGUUGAAGAUCUUGAAGUAACACUUGUUAGUGCUGAUCUUCCUAUUAAAGUUCGAUUACCAACAAAAAGUGAACAUAUGUGGCGUUCAUUAUCUGAAGUUCGCGCAGCUGAAAUUCAAUGUAUGCAAUUAGCACUUGCUUUACUUGCUCGACAUGAAUCUGAAAUGUAUAUUACAACUGAAACACAAAGGAAUACUAAAAACUAUUUAGAAUCAACUUAUAAUCAACAAUUAAGAGCAACUAAUUCUCAUCAAUCAUCUGAUGCAAUUAAAAAACAUAUUGAAGAAUGUGAAAAAGUUUUUGAAAAUAAUUCUACUACUACUAAUAAUAAUAAUAUUACAAAAUCAAGAUCGAAACCUAACGAUGAUUUACAUACACAUCAAACAAUAGAAAAACAAGCAAAUAAUCCUCAAAGACAUAAUUCUACCCAUCAUAACCAUCAUCGUCAACAACAACAGCAUCAUCACCAUCAUCAACAAAAACAUCAGCAUCAUCAUCAUCAACAACAAGAACAGCUUCACCAUCAUCAACAACAAUCUUCAUCAAUACCUCAAGAUGUAUUCAGUAGAACAAUGUCACAUCCAUCACAUACUUCUUCUAAUAAACCUAAUCGAACAAAUGAUAGACGAUCAACAUUGAAUGAAAAUAUUGAUCCAAAUGACUCAUAUAAUUGUUUUCAUCGAACGGCUAUUAAAAAAAAUUCAAUACCUUCUUCUUCCUCUUCUUUGCAACAUCAUGGAACGAAAAGAAAUACGAGUUAA